AUGGAAAGUGAUAACACAAACGAUCUGUACAAAGAAUGCCUAAGAAACCAUGCAGCCAGUCUUGGGAGCUAUGCCACGGAUGGGUGUGGUGAGUUCACCCUAGAUGACACCUCAUCACCAUCCUCCCUCCAAUGUGCAGCCUGUGGUUGCCACCGCAACUUCCACCGCAAAGUAACAUACGGCAACAGCAGCAACAGAAGGGAUCAAAUAAUGCACCCACCAUCAUCGGAGGAAAUGAUAGACUAUGGAGAGGGGAAUAAUGAAAGGAAUUUCAGGCCGCCAGGGAUGGUGGUGGAGUCAGGUGAAAGGGGCGGAAAGAAGAGGUAUAGGACAAAGUUUACAGCUGAACAGAAGGAGAAGAUGUUGGAGUUUGCUGAGAAGUUGGGGUGGAAGUUACAAAGGAAAGAUGAAGAAGACGAAGUAGAGAGGUUUUGUAGAGGAGUUGGGAUUAGUAGACAGGUUUUUAAAGUUUGGAUGCAUAAUCAUAAGAAUUCUUCUUCUUCUUCUACUUCUGCUUCUACUGGCAAUGCAUCUUCUCUUACCUCUCAGUAA